AUGUACAACACGCAUCGCGGCAUGGUGCCUGCACCCAACUCCCGUCUGACGGAGUUGCUUGAUCAGCUGCGCCAGGAAUUCGAGAGUCAAUCCCGAAGCACCGGUGAAUAUGAACACCAGUUGACCGGACAGCUCCAAGAGAUGGAGAUGAUUCGUCAAAAGGUGUACCAGCUCGAGCAGACCCAGAUCAAGAUGAAGGCAGACUACGAGGCGGAGAUCCGAAUGUUGCGACACGAACUUGAGCAGCGCGGUGUUCAACCCGUGACUUCUCAUAUUGCGCCCUCGCAGCACAGCGGCCCCCAGGCGCAACCACCCUCAUUGGGCCACGGGCCCAGCAAUCUAUUUGGUGGCAUCAUGGCCAACCCAGCUGGUAGUGGUCCCGGCCUGGCUCCUCCUCCGUCCCAAGAACAGCAGCCUUCCCAACACACUCUCCAACAGCCUGCGUCGGCCACCCAGCCUGGAGCGCCUCAGCCUCCACAGAGUUUCCCCGGAGGUUAUCAGCCCGGUGGUGCUGUAAAUGGUUAUGGACCACCCCCUCCUCCUACAGCAUCGCCUGGGCCUGGAAAGGGUCGUCGAGUGCCUGGCCCGGCCACACCUCAGCAGACCCAAAUCGCCUAUCCCGACCCUCGCGCGUCUCCCCAGAUUCCCCGCCCCACACCCCCUACUCAAAGUCUCGUGCGCGCCGAUCGCCCGGGUAACAUGCUUGCCAAUUGGGACCCUGCCGAUCUUCCCGCCUCGCAAAAGCGGGAGGGUUCUGACUGGUACGCUGUCUUCAACCCCGAGGUUCAGCGUGUGUUGGACGUUGAGCUUGUCCACCAUCUCAACCACGAUAGCGUGGUGUGCUGUGUUCGUUUCAGCCGCGACGGAAAAUACCUGGCGACUGGUUGCAACCGCUCGGCGCAGAUCUUCGACGUGACGACUGGCCAGAAUGUGGCCACUCUGCAAGAUGAGAACGUCGACAAGGACGGCGAUUUGUACAUCCGCAGUGUUUGCUUCAGUCCGGAUGGCAAGUACCUUGCUACCGGUGCAGAGGAUAAGCAGAUUCGAGUCUGGGAUAUCGCCGCGCGCUCUAUCAAGCACAUCUUCAGCGGUCACGAGCAAGACAUCUACUCUCUCGACUUUGCCGGUAACGGUCGUUACAUCGCCUCCGGUAGCGGUGACAAGACUGUCCGUCUGUGGGAUAUCCUGGAUGGCAAGCUUGUCUACACCCUGAGCAUCGAGGACGGUGUUACCACCGUGGCCAUGUCUCCCGACGGCCAUUAUGUUGCAGCUGGAUCGCUGGACAAGAGCGUGCGUGUGUGGGACACCACCACCGGUUACCUGGUGGAGCGUCUGGAGAACCCCGACGGCCACAAGGACAGCGUCUACUCUGUUGCCUUUGCGCCCAACGGCCGGGACCUUGUCAGUGGUAGUCUGGAUAAGACUAUCAAGCUGUGGGAACUUACUGUUCCCCGAGGCAUGCAUCCUCACAAUGGUAACAAGGGUGGCAAGUGCAUUCGCACGUUUGAGGGUCACAAGGACUUUGUGCUCAGCGUUUGCCUGACCCCCGAUGGACAAUGGGUCAUGAGUGGUUCCAAGGACCGCGGUGUCCAAUUCUGGGACCCCGUGACUGGAAAUGCGCAGAUGAUGUUGCAGGGCCACAAGAACUCUGUCAUCUCGGUGGCUCCCGCCCCAACUGGCAAUCUCUUUGCUACUGGCAGUGGAGAUAUGCGUGCACGCAUCUGGAGAUAUUCGACUUACACAGGACGGUAA